GUGGCAUUUUGCGGGAAACAAAUUCUUCUUCUUACAUGGUGAAGGAGACGGGUUUCCUGGGAAGCAGGGCUUUGCUUUGGAGCGGCCGUAAAAAAGUUUUAGCGAGGCUUGGAUUAGCAACUUGGCUCCCGCGCUUGUAGAUUCUUGGUGGGCUGUUGGGCUCGCUUGCGAUCCUAAUGGGAUAGUCCGAUGCGUAAGCACUUCCCCCCUCCCAGCCGAGCUCGAGGUCCGAGGAUUUUGGGGAGAUGGGGAGCGGGGGAGAAGAUCCUGUCGCUACUUGUCCGGGGACCUCGUGAUGAUCCUCUGUGUAAAGCCGGUCCCCAGGAAUGUUGAGCGCGGUCCUUUUCGGAAGUGAUAACCAGGUUGUGAAAACGCCAGCCCUCUUUCCGGACACUUUCUAGGGAAAAGUGUUAAACAUGGAUGGUGUAUUCCUCACAGAGGCUAAGGCCAAUUCUGUCUUAAAAAGAUACCCACGGGCUAAUGGAGGUUUGGAAGAAUUUAAAAAAGGAAACAUUGAGCGUGAAUGUUAUGAAGAACGCUGUGAUAAAGAAGAGGCAAGAGAAGCAUUUGAAAAUGAUGAAAAGACGGCAGAAUUUUGGAAAGACUACACAAGUGGACUCCAUGAAGGAAAUAACACAGGACAAAACUGGUACCCAUUUUACCUAACAUUUCCUCUAACCAUUGGCCUUUUGGUGGUGGUUCUCAUUAUAUUUGUCACAUGGAGAUGCCUGUUCCAGAAAAAAACACAUGGACGGUCCAUGUACACACAGAGCAGAAGCAGGGAUGAUACAGGUGACAGAAGCAUUCCUGAUGGGAGAAAUCCCCUCCCUCAGUCAUUCAUCAUUCUUCAUUCUCCCCAAGAAGAAAUGUUUGAAGGCAGUGGACACUCUCCAGGGUAUCUGAGCUAUGCAGAGGGACCUGUGGAUUCCUUGUCAAUCCGGUUGUCAAACUGUGAACCACCACCGUCCUACGAGGAAGUUGCUGGUGAAAACAGCACACAGAGAAAUGAAUUUGCAAAUCAUUUGGAUCCCCCUCCUCAAUAUGAGGACAUUGUGAAUAGUAUUUCAGUACCUCCCAUUACAAUCAAAUGAAGGAGAAAGAUUACAUGCUCCCUUUGUAGAAGCAAAUGAACCCUAAGACAUUUUGGCACUUUAUUGCAGCUUGAUGUUUGUAGAUUUCAAAGGUUUUCACUGUAUUACACCAAUUCUUAUUCUCCAAAUUUGGUUUAUUCUGUGAGAGUUCCCACUUUUGGGGAAACAAAACAGUCUUCAACGCAUAUGUAAGAUUCUAGGUAUGACAUUAUUGUCAGUGGUAUACUUUUUCUAUUAUUGAGAGUGGCACUAAUAAAUAGCUCAGUUAUAAAAAUGGAUUGUCUAAGUAGAUGGCAACACAAGACCUUAUCUAGGCUCAGAAGUUAAGGAGGAUUGGUCUUGAUUUGUAUUUGGAUGGGAGACCUCCAAGGAAUAUCAAGGCUGUAGACUAGACCAGGGAAUUAAGAAAGCAUCUAGAGGGCAAUGGCAAACCACUUCUGUAUUGCUGCCAAGAACACUAUAUAAACGGGUCCAUGAAAUCAUCAGAAGUCAAGUGUGGCUUGAAGAAGACUUUAUCUUUACCUUGAACAAAAUGGAUUAGUAUAGCGAGAAAUGCUAACAUUUUUCCCCCUUGAAAUGAGUAUUUUUGGAAACCUUGCAUAGCAGAAACAAGCAACUCAUCUAAUACGAAUAGUCACACUUGUCUCUAAAUGCUUCUACUUGUUAUGGUGAACACACUACUGUAAUUAAAACUGAUGUAUCGGUUAACUAUAUUCAAGCACAUAUAUUUUGAUCCUUCAGAAGAGUGCUAAAGAAUUUUUGUAAUGCUUUGAUCUACACUCCCAUUUGUAAGCCCUCUUCAGGCUUUAUGAUUCUGGAGAACUCACCAUGUUCUCUCCUGGCUGACAUCACUCUAAUGACAAUGGCUUCUCUUCAGUAGGCUGUACACUGAAUAUAAAUGUUUGCAGAAGAAUAGUCACACUGAUUUGCAUCUCAGUAAGGUCUGUAAUGGCACAUGUAAAAUAACUGCUUUUCCCAAUAAACUUUCUUCCAAAAGUCACUUACGUAAAAUGAAUGAAUUCUUUAGGCAGCCAGUGUCAUUGGAGUGACAUCAGCAAACAAAAAAACUUUUAUGAUGACCCCUCCAGUUUAGAUAAGGCCUGAACAGAGUUAGAAUGGUAAUCAGUAUUAACAUAUCUAUCAAUUUCCUUUGUACAGUAAGCAAUGAACUGAAUAAGAAAUGGCAAGCCAAAUAAAUAAAAGGUUUGAGAUUAAAAAAAGAAAAUGGAAAUACAUGUAAAAAUUAGUAUACACCAUCUCCAUUCACUAUACUGCUCCACUCCUGUCUUUGCAAACCAUCUUUGUUUCCACCCCUUCCAUACAUUGCUUCAUACAAUGCCUUUUUUUAAAACUUUUCAGUGGUCUUUUCUGAGAUUCAGUGGUCUUUUUUUGACAUCAGUUCCAUCUAACCACAACUUUCUCAGUCUUCCCCUUCCUCUGGACCAUUCAUUUUUCAUUCAUUUAUUUGUUUUGUGAUUCAAACCCCAUUUAUUCUCUCUGUGUGAUCAAACGACAUCAAAGUACUUCUUUCGCACUGUUCAUUGACUUUUAUAUUCAAUACACAUUCAUUCAGCACUUAGACAUUCUUGACUGUAUCUCUUCUUAUUUUGCCAUAUACAUUUCUAAAGCACCGAUUCCCAUGUAUUCGGCAUUUAUGUUUCUUCUGACAAACCCAACUCUUACUUCCAUAUAACAAAGGGGCAAAAGCAUGCUCUUAUAUACAUCCAUUUUCAUUUCUUUCAACAAACAUUCUCUCAACAGAUGAAAUAUUAGGUACUACAUUUCUGUCAAUAUAUCUUAAAAUUUCUCUGUCCAUUUUCCCAACUAUUCUCCUUUGAAGAAGGAGGAAGUUGUAUGUUAUUAAUGCACAAUGAGAACUGUUCCUAUAGAAAAACUCCUGUAGGGAGCUUUCAUUGUUUAAAUUACAGGAAAUAUAGUAAUUGGCUUCACUGAAGGAGGUUGUUUUUAUUUUGUUUUGUUUCUUACAUCUUUUUCUGAGAUUAGCACAUUUAUUUGGUAAUCCCAGCAUUCUGCUUACCUCUGGCAAGUGGAAAUGUAUCCGAUCAGUAUUUGGUUGCAUUUCAGCAACUUGUACUACUUGGUAUUACUUUUGUGCCUUAAAGUUAGGGUGGCCUAUUGGUCUGGGUUACAGCAUAGCCUAGGUGUACUUUUUUCAACACCGAACUUCUCUUAAGAUCCUCUGUUUUCUAUGUUUACGCAUGUUUUUUGUUUUGCACACUAAGAGAAUUUUUUAAUCAAAGUUUUUGAAUAUUGGAGAACAAAUUGUUUUAGAAUAGUGAAGCUGCUUUCUAGUCAGUUAAACAGAAGUUUGCUUCAGAAUUUGGCUAUGGAUAAAACCUGAGCCAAAAAGAGUUCUGAAGAGUACUGCUUCUUCCUUGUUGCUAAUCUUCCCCCGCCUCUUCAUCCAAGAUUGUAAAAAGAUGAUGAAAUAUGUGUUUCUUUUCUCUCAUUUAUGUGUAAGAGUAUUUUCACUUGUAUUCCUUUUUCUGAAACUCCAUAGUUUUGUUUCAUUCUUGAGCAGCUUGAAAGAAACAAGAAAUUGAAAUAGUAUAUGCAGAAAGGAGGAGGAAACAAAAUUCGUCAUCCCAUGUCUGCUUUCAUUUCUUUUUGUCCAUAUCUUCUGCUAGCCUUUGUCAUCUAAGUGUCUUCCAAAAAUGAUGCACUGCUGGCUGGGGAUUCACAGGAGCUGAUCCAACACAUCUGGGAGGGCAUGAACAUGAGUAAUUUCAGGUUAGCCUGCCAGAUUCCCAUACUUUCUGAUAGUUGAAGGCAUGUUGUUUUAAUGGAAUGAGAGCUAGAGAGGACAGUAGGUAAUUUUUUCUCAGAUGACGUAAUUCUCAUGUAUAUCUAUAUUGAGUUCAGAAUUUGACUUGUUUAACUACAUUUAAUGCACAGACAUUAAAUGUGUCUGAAUAAUGCAGGUUGCAUUCCAGAUCCAAAUAUUUGUGGGAAUUGUGUGUUCCAGAGAAUGCUGGUUGGCAGGGAGGAUGCCCAGAUCCUAAAAGAAACAAUUAUCUGCAGCAUACUAAUGAAACUUGAGGAAAUCACUAGUUUGCCCUGGCACAGACUCUGUGUGUAUUUGAGCAAAAGAUGUAUACUGUAGCUCUCUUAAUUUGGAUUAUUAAGUUAUAGAUAUAAAUCUUGGAGGUUUAUUAAUAUAUCAAGUGGUUUCAGUACUAUUUCAAAUAUUAAGGCUUCAUUUUAUUAUGCUAGUAAAGAAUUUCGUUAUAGGAGCUAGUAAUAGUGGUAAAGCCAAAAGGGCAAUCCAUGACCCUCCAUAUGUUGUUCCAGAUAAUGCACGAUUAGCCACAUUUGCUAGCACAGAGGAGAGUGGAAUUCUUUAAUGGCUUGAGGGCUGUGUGUGCAUUCCUGCUAUAAGAGACCUGUGUGCGUGUCCCUCGGUUCUUGAAAGUAAUUGAACAUAAUCAGAUUCUGAGAAUGGGUGUCCUCCUUGUCGAACAUCAUUUUGCAGUGUUCAGAGAACCAGUUACAAUGUAGUACCAUGUUUUGCUUGCCUGUGUUUUUCUUCUAAGCUUUCAUGGGGGGUAGGAAUAAGAUGUCUUGAACUCUAGAAUGUGUGUGGUGAGCAUAGAACCAAAUGAUAUUAUUCUGGGCAGAAUAAAAAUGAAUAUAGAUCUGAUAUAUUCCUUCACUACACUCAUUCAUUCUCUGCCUCUAUACCUUUUUUUUUUUCCUGGUCACACUUUGGCAUCCCAUUUGCAUUUUUAUCUUCUGUGUGUUUCUUAGUUGUUGGUCCAAGUAAUUAAUUAAUUGGGAUAAGGUAAUUACAGGAUUAAGAAGCAUACAUGUAAGGCUCUUCAAGUUUUUAUGCUGUGGUCCAAGUACCAGGGGGAGGGAGGGAGACAGAGAGAUGGGAGUUGCUUUUGUGUCAUACAUAGGUGACAAGGAGACAGGGAAAAUAUAUUUUUCUGCUUCAGGUAUUGGAAUAUUUAAGAACAACCUUUCAGUAAAUCAACUUGUAUCUCUAUCAGGGGCACAUUUCAUAUAAUUACAAAGGCAAUGUAUCAGUUUUCUCUCCCAUCCUACUCCACUAGUAAGUGUGUGGAAAGCAUUGCGGACAAUUAAAUGUGGAUCAGCUACUUUUCAUAUAUUGGAUAGAAAUUGUUUCCUUAAUUCAUAUUAGCAAAGAACAAGUAAUACUUGUAUUUUAGAGUGGGGCAAUUAACCUAGCUUGCAUUGUGGGUAAAAUCAGCAUAUUUUAAUGAAAAAAUCUCAUAAGCCUUUCUAGUGCCCAAAAUGCCAUAUUAAUCUCUUAUCAGACCAGGAUAAAUGCAGUAUAUGUGCAUGACAUAAAGCGAGUUGGUAUCUUUUAGGCCAUGUUAUUUUCUUUUAAAUAAUAGUACAAGUGGGAGGUCCUAACAUUGGUGCUCCAGAGACUCAUGUUUGUUCAUCACAGCAUGAUAAUGCAAAGCAAGAGUUCAUUUUUCUGCCAGGCUGCCUCGUGUGUGAUUUACAAACAUCACUUUGGAUGGAGGAACGAUAACUUUAGUGUUCAGGCAAUUUCUGCUGUUCACCUUUCUGUUGCUGCUCACCAAUAAACAUACAAAUCUCUGGCUUUAUAGAACAAGUCAGAUUUUUCUCAUCCAAUUUAGAUAUAUUUUCCUUCAAUCAUACUGAUUCCACUUCUUUGAAAUAUUGAAAAUGAUGCUUCCAUUGAGCUUUAUUUUUAUGCUUUGCCUUUUUGUUAUCCCAAUGUAUGAUGAUUUAUAUAGCGCUUUUAUUGUUCAUUAUACCUAAACUAUUUUGAAAUAGAAUAAUUGCCUUCCAAGAGAACAUAUAGUAGAAUGUGCACCCUCACUUAAUUUUUAUAGAUGUUUGAACUUAUGUUUUCUGUUGACUGUUAAAAUGGCCAAGAUGAUAUAUUCCAUGUGUGGACUAUAACAGUAGCAUUAUUUUGAACACCUCUAAAGACUUCUAAAUGUUCUAAACACUAAUAAAGCUCUAGAAGC